CAGUCUUAUAACUUAAUACCACAUAAUCAAUUGCCAGCCUAUCUCACACAUUCUCUCUCUAUCUCUCUCUCUGCUCCCCUUCCCUCGAUCUUCUCCCUUUCCCUGAAUGCGAGUUCUUCCGCUCCGCCUUCAAUUUCGAAUUGCCCUUCGCGUUCUUCGCUUCGCUCUGCCCUCUUACUUUUCACCAUUCUUUCUGUUUCUUUGUACCAAUCUAACUCUGCAUCCGACUAGGGUUCAGAUUGUUUCCUCUCCCCUCUCCUAAACCUUCCUCCAUGCUUAGGUGAACCUAACACUACAGAUGCAAUAAACAGUCUGAAUCAUCGCAACUCACACUUCCGGCGAAAUGGCCACCGGCUUGCAGAUGAGUCCUCAGUUAGAGCAGAUCCAUGGUGAAAUUCGUGACAAUUUUCGGGCCCUUUCAAAUGGGUUCCAAAGACUGGAUAAGAUCAAAGAUUCCAAUAGACAAAGUAAGCAGUUGGAGGAGCUCACAGGAAAGAUGAGGGAAUGUAAGAGGUUAAUAAAAGAUUUUGACCGUGAAAUCAAGGAUGAGGAGAGUAAAAAUCCACCGGAAGUCAAUAAGCAACUCAAUGAUGAGAAACAAUCAAUGAUCAAAGAGCUGAAUUCAUUUGUUGCAUUAAGGAAAACGUACAUGAAUAGUCUUGGUAAUAAGAGGGUUGAGCUAUUUGAUGAGGGAGGUGUAAGUGAGCCUACAGCUGAUGAUAAUAUUCAGAUGGCCUCAUCAAUGACAAAUCAAGAACUUAUUGAUGCUGGGAAGAAGACAAUGGAUGAGACCGAUCAGGCUAUUGAACGCACUCAAAAGGUGGUUGAACAAACUAUUGAAGUGGGAACUCAAACUGCUGUUACAUUAAAAGGCCAAACUGAGCAAAUGGGCCGUAUAGUAAAUGAGCUCGACACAAUUAAUUUUUCAAUUAAGAAGGCUUCCCAGCUUGUGAAAGAAAUUGGCAGACAGGUUGCUACAGAUAAAUGCAUCAUGCUGUUUCUUUUCCUUAUUGUCUGUGGAGUGAUAGCAAUUAUUGUAGUUAAGAUUGUGAACCCCAACAACAAAGAUAUCAGGGAUAUUCCUGGCUUGGCACCUCCAGCUCCCGCUAGGAGGCUUUUGUAUCUGAGGACAACACCAGAACAUUUUGAGUAAAUUCUUCUUUUAGGAGUUGUAGGUUUUCUAUGUUUGCUUAUCUAUUUCGAUUAAAUUCUUGUUUACGCAUGGAAACAUGCCGUUGUGAGAAUUCAUCUGCUUUCCUCGCGUGCAUUCAAUCUAUUCUUGGCUGAGAUGUGCAUAUAGCCUGUUUGUGAUUUUGCUCUUUAUUUCAAGAGAUACUGCAGUGUGAUCCUGUAAAUGAUUUACUUUGAGGUGAUUCAUUUCUUGCGAAAUUUACCCCCACUUAACACUUGUACACUUGACAAAUGUGCCUUAUAGCAUAUAAUUACACUCCUACUGCCCACUGGUUGAUAUUUACUUUAUUCUUUUA